GCGCGCCGCAGUGGUGGCGGGGCGGGUCGCUGCGUUAGUUUUGGCACUAGGUCUGGAUCUUGCUGGGUCUGGAAGUGCGUGGUAGUUCUGCCCCAGAGCUCAACGAAGAUGACACUGCGCUGUGGGGAUUUCUCGGCUGGGUGGACAUCCGGAAGGAUCACAUUUCCCUCACGUUACUUUCUUAGCCUUGGUAAAGAACCGGCCAUAUUUGACCCUCACCGGCCGCCGUACAGACCCUCUUGUGUGUGCAUGGAUUCCAUUGGAGUGAAGCCGCCUGGCCAUUUAAUCUUAGCGGACUUGUGCGUUUUGUGCUGCAUUUUUUUUUUUUUUUAACCUCAGAAAUAGAUCCCACUUGUCAGUCGAGCCACGUCCCUGCCCCCUGACCUUAAAAUACUGGGAGAGAAGCUGCCCCGUGAUCCUCACGUGACUCCAGGGUUCGGCUUAUCCUCGCCCGGCAACCGUCCUAGAGACCGACACCGCUGACUACAACAUGAACGUGGUCUACCCGCUGGCGGUGCCCAAGGGGCGCCGGCUCUGCUGCGAGGUGUGCGAAGCCCCGGCCGAGCGGGUGUGCGCGGCCUGCACGGUCACUUAUUACUGUGGUGUGGUGCAUCAAAAAGCUGACUGGCGCAGUAUCCAUGAGAAGAUAUGCCAGCUCCUGAUUCCCCUGCGCACUUCCAUGCCCUUCUACAAUUCAGAGGAAGAACGGCAGCAUGGCCUGCAGCAACUGCAGCAGCGGCAGAAGCAUUUGAUUGAAUUCUGCUAUACUGUAGCCCAGAAAUAUCUCUUUGAAGGAAAGCAUGAAGAUGCUGUCCCGGCAGCUCUGCAUUCCCUUCGCUUCCGCAUAAACGUGCAUGGCCUGAGUUCAGUAGAGCUUGUGCCUGCAUACUUGCUGCUGGCUGAGGCUAGCCUUGGUCUGGGCCGGAUCGUUCAGGCUGAAGAAUAUCUAUUCCAAGCCCAGUGGACUGUCCUCAAAUCAACUGACUGUUGUAAUGCCACCCACUCUUUACUGCAUCGGAACCUGGGACUUCUCUGUAUGGCUAAGAAAAACUAUGAGGAAGCCCGUUAUCAUCUGGCCAAUGAUAUUUAUUUUGCCAGUUGUGCAUUUGGAACAGAGGACAUCAGGACUUCAGGAGGCUACUUCCACCUGGCUAAUAUAUUCUAUGACCUUAAAAAUCUGGAUGUGGCAGACACAUUGUACACCAAGGUCACUGAGAUCUGGCAUAAAUAUUUGAACGAUCACUAUCAAGUCCUCUUACAGGCUCGCGUCCAACAAAUGGAUUUACUGGGCAAACGAUUUGAGAAUGACACUGGCUUGGAUGAAGCCCAGGAAGCAGAAGCCGUUCGGACCCUGACCUCAGUAUUGAGCAUUCGAGAAUCUACAUUUGACAAAGCCCCCCAAAAAACUAUCUUUGUUCUGAAAACCCUGGUCAUGCUUUGCUACCUGAUGAUGAAUUAUUCAAAGGCACAGGAAUAUGCCAGGAGAGCCCUCAAUCUAGCCGAAGAACAACUGCGUGAUGUCCAUGAGCAAAACGCCAUUCAAGAGUUAUUACGUCUCAUCUCAGCUGAAGAUCAUCCCAUUACUUAGUGACCCUUGAGCUCUGCAUCAGGGGAUGUUGAGUGUCUACCACAGCAGCCUUGCACAAUUGCUUUGAGGUUCUCUGGGUUGCUGAAAUUUCUACCCUCUUCCCCUGGGACUGCACACAUAGCUGCAAUUUUGUUCGUACACAGCGUAUGUGAAGGAAUAUAGAGCUUUAGGCACAGAAAUCAGUAAAACUGUUCUUUAUCAUGA